UCAUUCAUAAAAUAAACAUUUCGCGACUGCGCAAUGCUAAUAAUACAAAUGUAUCGCAUUGCGGGGUGCGGGUUAUUUAAUUAUAGCGUGAUUUGUAACAAAAAUAAAGUGUAAGCGUUUAAUCAAAAGAUGUUGUUUAUUCAUAUUUGUAGAUAGAAGGUUUUAAUAAUUGUAGAUUAAAUAAAGUGUCACAAAUGCCUCCCAAAAGCAGCAAUGCGAUGGAUAUCACUUUCUUCCAAGCGAACUACGUUUAUAUAUUUCACAUUAUUAUUUCUAUUAUAUUUAUUAUAUGUGUUGAAUACUUCUUUAGUUGAUGAACGUAAGGUAUCACUCAGGUUUUCUUGGAAGCACAUUUCAAAGUAUAAAGACGCUGCAUUUAAAUUAGCCACGUUUUUGGGAUUGAACUUAGAUGGAGGUUAUGAGUAUCGCAGAUUGCAUAAAUCCAACCAAAUACCCAUUAAAAAGCUUCCAGACGCUCUUAUUAUUGGUGUUAAGAAAUGUGGUACACGAGCGUUAUUGGAAUUUUUGAGGCUACAUCCAGAUGUCAGAGCCGCUGGAUCAGAAGUUCAUUUCUUCGACAAGUACUAUCACAAAGGUUUUGAAUGGUAUAGAGAUAAAAUGCCGCCAACUCUAGAAGGACAGAUUACUAUGGAAAAGACGCCUUCGUAUUGGGUAACGAAAUCCGCACCGAAGCGAGUAUUUGCAAUGAACCCCCUCGUCAAACUGCUGGCUGUUGUUAGAGAUCCAGUGACUCGAGCAAUAAGCGAUUAUACGCAGUCUGCUAGCAAACGACCAGGCCUGCCUCGUUUCGAAGAUUUCGCUCUCAUAAACAGCACUAUACAAUGGGGCGGGGCUUGGGCCAUAGAUGCAUCAUGGCCACCAGUUAGAUUGGGUAUUUAUGCGCGACCGUAUCGUAGGUGGCUGCGUAGGUUUCCUAAGUCUAGACUUCUGUUGAUUAAUGGAGAGAGACUCGUCGCUGAUCCAGCUGCUGAAAUGGCCAGAGUUCAAGAUUUCCUUGGUCUCAAACGGGUCAUCACGGACAAGCACUUUUAUUUUAACUCAACAAAGGGCUUCCCAUGUCUUCUUAAAUCUGAAACAAAGUCGAUACCGCACUGUUUGGGUAAAACCAAGGGCAGAAAUCAUCCGCGUAUAGAGCCAGCUGUACUAGACCGUCUCAAAGAGUUUUAUAAGCCGCACAAUGACAAGUUUUACGAACUAUCUGGCAUCAAUUUUAAAUGGCCAUAAGAUGGACCCUAAUAUCAUUUUCAUGUACUUACCAAGGUUUCAUUGAAUUUGACAAACUGUAAGAUCAGCUGUAGACGUGUUUGCUGACUUUCGGCUAAACACACAUCGCAUUAGUUUUGAGUGCAUAAUUAUGCAGCUUAUAACAAUUUUAUUUUAUGAUAUAGGUCCUCCAGUACGGUAAGAUAAGAUCUGGAAAUUUUUUUGUGUAUGUAGAAAGUAGAUUGCUAUAUUAUAUAACAUGUUUAGACGUCCACAUUUGCUUUUGACUGUGAUCCAAUUUUACUAUAGGUUUACCUUUGUUAAGUGGUUAAAAUAACGUUAGUAUAUCUUUACUUGACCUAGACUUUAAGGUAAGGUUUUUGCCAAACUUUAUAUAUAAAUCGGACACUUGAUAUUCAAUUCUAUGGUUUAAAUAAUCAAUCUAUAAAAUUUAUUAAUGGAUAAGGAUUGGAUCUUUUCUAUCGUGGAAACGGAGAAGGAAAAUAUCGUGAGUCAAAUAUUCGUAUCGGCAUGUCCAAGAAAGGAAAGUUAGACUAUGUAAAGUUUGGCGCAGACUUUUUUAGAAUAUACCAAUUAAUACUCAUUACGCUUGUAACAUAUCUAUUACGUUGUGACAUUAUUAAGGAAAAUUAAUAUUUACAAAACAUUACCGCUUUAGUUUAUUAUAAUAGAAUUGUUUAAAUUGAUGAUUGGAUAUCAACAAUUAAAUCGUAAACUAUUAAGCGAGCAGAACUGCAACUAACUUUUGAUGCGAUAAUUAAAUCGUGCGAUAAUUUCAUUAUUUACCCGAUUAGUUAAAACUUACCUAUAAGCAUGAUUACGGACAGACUAAAGUGUAAGCAAAUGGCGACUAAAAUUGGCUCUAACGCUAAAUCGAUUUUAGCCCUUUAAUUGCUAUUGAAAUGCUCAUAUGAGACUAGUUUAUUCAAUGCGGGAAAUAUAUUACAUUAAAAAUGAGAAUGAUAAAAUGCGACAAUGAAAUAUGUUUUCUUCUAGCGGAUUAUGUCUUAAUUACAGUACUGUUAUGAAACAAUAAUUAACUAUAAAAAAAUGUAGUACAUUCUGAAGGAAAAGAUUAUAAAUUUAUUUAAAAAAACAAUUUCUCUGUGAUAAGCUCAACAUAGAUAUUUUAUAGUAAGACUUAGUUCCCAACUGCAAUAACCUAUUUUUAAGGUAAACGUACCUAAUUCAGCCUAAUUUCUCCAGACUCAUUUUCUUCAUCAAGUAAGACCAGCAGAAAUAAUAAUUUUUGUGUUGUUAUAUAUCUUUUGUCACAACCUUACCUUCUAGUUCCUAAAUACAUUAUAAUUUAUAACCUAAUUGAUAAUUCUAACAUCGAAAGUUCCUAAAGCACUUCACUAUACAUUCCUAUGCCAACUUAAUUAUAAUUUUGCCAACAUUUUUUAUCACGCAUAUUUAUAUGGAAAUAUAGGUGAUUAAUGGGAAUGGAAUGGAAUAUUGUGGAAUGGAUAUAAUUCUAAUUGUUAAAUGUAAUAUAGCAAUAGCUAUUAUCAGCUAUAAGUGUACGCCUUAAAGUAUUAAAUAGCGAUAGCUUUAUUAAAAAACAAUGGUUGUGUAUGUAAACGAAUAUACGAGUAUUAUGU